CCGAACUUCAGCCCAGCUGCAGCGGAAUCCAGUCCGGUCCAACAACUGCAGGGUGGCUGAUUCAAAGGUGCGCUCCAAGUGCGUCAGAGUUUCAGGAAAGUUCUCGGUUUCGGUCCUGUCUGUCGCCUCGCAGGAGAUAUGCUGACCUUGAGCGGUUCCGACCCCUGGCCCGAGGGUUCGGUGGGUCUCGAAGAGGAGGUGGUGACCGCCGCUGCGCAGGUGGAGGAGCGCGACAGCGCCUCGCUGAGCUGCGGCUCCGUCACUCUGGACGACAGCCUGACCAGCCUGCAGUGGCUGCAGGAGUUCUCCAUCCUCGGCGGGGACGUCCCGCAGCGGAUCCUGAGCCGCCAUCAUCAGCGCUGCUCCGAGGCCCCGGCGUCCCCGCUGGCCGCGGACCCCGCCUGCUUCGGGUCACCGCUGACUCCCGGGAAACCCACGGCCGCCGCUUUCAGCCGCCUGCAGCCUCUGGCGGCCAUCGUUGCCCGCGGACACUGUCCGGACGAGGUGGACUACAAGAGCGAGCCGCACAUCAAGCCUCCCUUCUCUUACGCGACCCUCAUCUGCAUGGCCAUGCAGGCCAGCAAGGAGAGCAAGAUCACGCUGUCCCGCAUCUACCAGUGGAUCACUGACAACUUCUGCUACUACAGACACGCGGACCCCACUUGGCAGAAUUCCAUCAGACACAACCUGUCACUCAACAAGUGCUUCAUCAAGGUCCCACGGCAGAAGGACGAGCCCGGGAAGGGCGGGUUCUGGAGAAUCGACCCGGUUUAUGCUGAACGCCUGCUGACCGGCGCCUACAAGAAGAGGCGGUUGCCGCCGGUCCAGAUCAACCCUGCUCUCCAAAGCAGACUCGGCAUCAAGUUGCUCCCCCCGCAGCCACCCAGACCCCGCAGCCCGCCAGGGGCUCUGGGUGGCCUUUGCAUUGAUUCAGAAUCCCAGCGUCUCCUCCAGGUGUUCGAGCAGGCAACCGGUGCCGACCAGAAUUAUGACCCACACCUGGCAGAAGGGACCAUGCUCGGGUCCUGGCCGGCGGCGAGGGGAGUCAGAGGAUACAAGAGGAAGUUAGGCUCCAGAAAAGGGACCUCCAAAGCCCCCCGCCGAUCCAGCUCGCCCCUGCUGUCAGUGGAGGACCAGAAGGAAAUCGAACCUCUGAAAGGCGACUUUGACUGGGACGCUAUUCUGGACUCGGCCCUGAACGGGGAGCUCAGUCUUGAGGGGGAGGAUGCGCUGAGCCCAAUCAUGACUGAGCAGGACCUGACUGUACAGGGGACCCAUAUCUCUCUCGAGGAAGCGCCCCAUGAUGUCCUGGUGGAGACCCGAGGGGACAUCUUAGAGGAGGAGACGUUCCUGGCCACAGCGUUUCUGGACCACCAGUGGCCCGAAGAGGAAGAGGACCAGAGUCGCAGCAACUUCCUGUGCGCCUCCAACGUCAACCUGGAGCAGCUGUUUGACCUCGGAGACCCGCUAGGUGGAGGCUCCGGGAUCCGGAUCGACCCGUUGCUCUGACGAACGGUCAGACCUACGAACUGAGAAACCUCAUCUCCAGAACUUUGUAUUCAGUGGACCUCACACACCAGAACCAGAACUGCCUCUUUUGCCAAAAUGCUCUUUGUAUCAGUUGUGAGGAACGUUGGGAUUCCAUGACACCUAGUCCAGUUCUGACUCGGUGAGAACUUUGGGUCAAUCACAGCUGACUUUCCAAGUGCCAAGAACUGGAUGUGGUCUUUGUUCUAAAUGUCCACCCGUCUACACACAGGGGAC